UCUCGAUAGGGCUGAUUUAUAGACUCCUUAACAACACUGUUCUUUAUAAAGACUGGGUCAAGCACUGAUAUUACUCUGACGAUAUCAUGGAUGUUGACUCUGAAAGAGUUUUCUCAAAUACAAAAGAAAAUCUUCCCUUGUUAGAAAGCACCUCAGUGAUAGAAUUGUGACUAUAAAGGGGAUUAGUACUGAGUACCUAAACCUUGGAUAUGAUGUGAGAUUAGUCCUUUUGAGAAAAUCAAAGAUGCAGACUGAUAAAGAAAAAUAUUUCACAGUGUCUCUAGAAACGGUCAGUACAGAUACUUUAAGAUCAAGUCCAAAGAACAUAGAUUUGAGCAUUAAAAUUCGAGGGGAGAGAUUAUCUUCCUCACGUACAAAGCUUGAGACUUCUUUCGCAGUUACCCAUAACACAUCAUUCUUUAAAACAAGCAUGGAGGAGCCUCUUACAGAUGUGAUUUCUUCAUCACUGGCAAACAUUUCUUUAUUCUGAUACGAAAGGGUUCUACAGAAUAACCUUCAAUAUUUCUCGAUGGUUAGGGAAAACUUGAUAUCAAAACAGCAGUAUGAGAAGGACCAGCAGGAGGAGAAGCUCAAGCUUGAGAAAAUAGUUAACUCUCAAAGCAACAAUAACACAGCUGCAUCUGCUGUAGAAGUAAUAAAACUUGAUGAAGAAGUUGCCCAUGAAGAAGCAAAAGAGGCUGAACUCCCCCAAGAAGAAAUAUUUAAGUACAACUCAGAGGAAAAUCUUGAUCGAAGCUUGUUUAUUAGAGACAAUGUAUGGCUCAAAUGGUGAGUUGAGCGUCUGGAUGGACAAGAGAAGAUCGACUCUUAUCAUGAAUUAAGAGCCCGUAUUCAUGAUAAGCAUGGACAUAAAGAAAUCACAGAAUCUGUGUUGAUAAGGUUCUUACAUGGCAUGGAAUAUGUAGUCGAUGUCGCCGAGAAUAAAAUUCUUGCCCAUUUAGAGUACAUGAACGAUAAUGACCUCUGGCAUGUGGAUGAAUCUAGGAUAGCAAACAUCCUCCCACAGAAGAUAUUCUGAAUCCAUAAGGAGGAUAAGUUAGAGAGACCACUGAUUUAUACAAAAAUGGCCAAAUUCUUCCCAUCCAAGUAUUCAUUCGAAGAGAUCAGAGAUUACUGAUUCUGGCAUUUUGAGAAUAUGAGAAAGGCUUUUAAGCCUCAUGUUGAGAGUCAUCUUGGGAUCUACGACAUGAAAGGUAUUGGGAAGAAGAAUGUCAAUAUCGCGAUCCUUAAGAAGGCAAUCCCUAUCCUAGAGGACAACCUCCCAGAAGUAUGAUCAAAGAUGAUAGUUGUCAGGCCUUCAUUCUUGCUAAAUAUGAUGUGGAGAAUGAUUAAGCCAUUUAUUCAUGAGCUUACUCUCCAAAAGGUUAAAUUCCUAAAUGAGAAGCAGAUGAAGGAGGAGCUAUUGGAAUUAGUCGAGCCAGAAAAUUUGCCUGAGUGCUAUGGUGGGGAAGACACGGAAUUCGAAGAAAAAUUUGAUUAA